AUGUCAAAAAUCGCCAUCAUCUUCGGACUUGGACCUCGAAUUGGACAGCCCGUAGCUACCAAGUUCCACAACGCUGGAUACAGAGUGGCAACCGUUGCGCGUACUCCGAGAACUUUUACUACAGACGAUUUUCUUCAUCUCACUGCGGAUCUCAAUGACCCGAGUACUGUCAAACCAAUCUUCGAUCAGGUAGAAUCUCACUGGGGUAAGCCCCCCGAUGUAGUGAUCUAUAAUGCCGGUGCACUCGUUCCUACUCCGACAAACCCACUCAGCGCCAAACUGGAUGACUUUGUCAAGUCUUUCAACGUCAACACCUUCACACCUUACUCUGCCGCUUCCAUUGCCUACGAGCGAAACCAUGCAGUCACGUUCAUGCUUACUGGGAACGCCUUCAACACCUUGGUGAACCCAAGAUUCACCACCCAGGGCGUCGGCAAGUCUGCCACAGCCCAUUGGAUCCAGGCUGCAGCUAAGGCCGAGGGACUUAGACCCGCCAGGUUCUACUACUGCGAUCAACGAACUCCAGAAGGCGAACCUUGCUACACCGGUUUGAAAGGGGAUGCCCACGCCGACCUCUUCCUCAAGCUGGCCGAAGAUCCGGAGCAAGGUGAACCCAUCGUGGUGUUCCGUGCUUAG